GACCUCGGAGGAGCGCCCCAGGGAGCUCAGAGCGCUUGCAAGCGUGGCUGAAGGAGGAGGCCAGUGCCCAGCUUUAGUCCACCACUCCUUGGAGUCUCUGAAUUGCAUUUUGCAGCAGCUCAAAGGAGAAGAACGUGGAAGAUGGAAGGCAUGAAAUAUAUCAUUUCCAUGUUUUUCUUCUUUGUUUUCCUAGAAGGAAGCAAAACAGAACAAGUAAAACACUCAGAGACACAUUGCAUGUUUCAAGACAAGAAGUAUAGAGUGGGUGAGAAAUGGCAUCCCUAUCUGGAACCAUAUGGACUGGUUUACUGUGUGAACUGCAUCUGCUCAGAGAAUGGGAAUGUGCUUUGCAGCCGAGUCAGAUGUCCAAGUCUUCAUUGCCUUUCACCUGUGCAUAUUCCUCAUCUGUGUUGCCCCCGUUGUCCAGAAGACUCCUUACCACCGGUGAACAAUAAGGUGACCAGUAAGUCAUGCGAAUACAAUGGAACCACUUACCAACACGGAGAACUGUUCAUGGCUGAAGGGCUCUUUCAGAACCGGCAACCCAAUCAGUGCAGUCAAUGUAGCUGCUCGGAGGGGAAUGUGUACUGUGGUCUCAAGACUUGCCCCAAACUGACCUGUGCUUUCCCAGUCUCUGUUCCAGAUUCUUGCUGCCGAGUAUGCAGAGGGGAUGGAGAAUUAUCGUGGGAACAUUCUGAUGGUGAUAUCUUCCGGCAACCUGCCAACAGAGAAGCAAGACAUUCUUACCUCCGUCCUCCCUACGAUCCUCCACCAAGCAGACAAGCUGGAGGUCUUUCCCGCUUUUCUGGCAGCAGAAGUCACCGGGGAACUGUUAUAGAUACCCAGCAAGCAUCAGGGACCAUCGUGCAGAUUGUCAUCAAUAACAAGCACAAACAUGGACAAGUGUGUGUUUCCAAUGGAAAGACCUAUUCUCAUGGAGAGUCCUGGCACCCUAAUCUCCGAGCAUUUGGCAUUGUGGAAUGUGUACUAUGCACUUGUAAUGUCACCAAGCAAGAAUGUAAGAAAAUCCACUGCCCCAAUCGAUACCCCUGCAAGUAUCCUCAAAAAAUAGAUGGAAAAUGCUGCAAGGUGUGCCCAGAAGAACCUCCAAGCCAAAACUUUGACAGCAAAGGUUCCUAUUGUGGAGAAGAAACCAUGCCUGUAUAUGAGUCUGUGUUCAUGGAGGAUGGAGAGACAACCAGAAAAGUUGCACUGCAGACCGAGAGACCACCUCAAGUAGAGGUUCAUGUUUGGACCAUUCGAAAGGGUAUUCUCCAGCACUUCCACAUUGAGAAGAUUUCCAAGAAGAUGUUUGGGGAGCUCCAUCAUUUCAACCUGGUGACUCGGACCACCUUGAACCAGUGGAAGAUCUUCACUGAAGGAGAAGCUCAGCUCAGCCAGAUGUGCUCAAGUCGGGUGUGCAGAACAGAACUGGAAGAUUUGGUCCAGGUUUUGUACCUGGAGAGACCUGAAAAGGACCACUGUUAGACAAAACUGCCAGGAUUGGAUAGUAUCAAUGAAGGAAACCCAAGCUGCAGCUGGACUGCCGGCUUACUUUGCUUAAGUCAACAGCGCUCCAAAACCCCAACGUCAACCUCAGUCAAAUUAUCCACACCAGCCACAGCAUACCAUGUUCCUCUAUGUGCAGCAGUCGGUGUGCCAGCCCUCAAACAUCUCCUGUAAAGAGAAUAGAGGAGUCUUUAAUGGUUUCUGGAGGGAGAAGGGAUAGGAUUGUGUGGUACAGCUCUAGUUUCUCUGAGAAUCACUUUUAUUUGCAAGUUAAAGUAAAAAAAGAAAAACACUUUAUGAAUUCUAUGUAAAAAGUCACAAGAAAGGAAAAGAAAUUGCUCAGCUUGAGUUGGGUCAUGUCAAACAAUCAUUUAUAUGAAGUACUUUUUGAAUGUUCAAGUGUCUUUCCUCCUUUCAAAAAGUUAUUCGUUGGGUGGUAAUAUAAUACAGUCAGGCACAAACCUAGUAUAUGUGGAGCCCUGGGUUCUAGUCUCAGAACUGACAAAAAUUUUCCAUCUUCAUACCUCAUGUGUACACAUACAAACACACACACACACUGCACAUGGAACUGUCCUUCUUUUUGGCUCCUAAAUACCUUUAAGGUUGUUCGUAUCCAGGGAAACAAACUAAAAAUGUAUGCAAAAAAAUUUUUCCCUCAAGCCUUUAAGGCAGGUUUUAAAGUAAUCAGCCAUAGUCCUAGGAUGAAGAACACCAUUUGUGGGUCUUGUCCCCUUUGAAGUGCUAAAUUCAUUUUUUUUGCCUAAUAAUACCACUUCUCUUUCCUUAUCUUUCCAUUAGGAAGGUAGGAUUUGGAGAAAUUCGCAGAAAAUGAAUUUAUUCCAAACAAAAUAACCAUAGAAGAAUACAACUGAUAAAAAUAAAAUAGCCCAUUUUUUUUCACAGCUAUAAAACUAACUGGUUAACAGACUAAUGGUGCUCACUAUUUUUUUUGAGGCAAUAGUCACCUAGACAGAUGCUCUUAUUCUAAAAGCCUUUACAAGGGUAAAUUCUCUGAUUGCAGGAGUUGAAAUUUGACUUUUCAAAGAGGCUCAGUCCUUAAGAGCUUCUCGACAUUGGUUCUUCUGUUAAGAGUUACUGUUCAUUCAGGGAGCUGAGAAUUCUGGCAAAGACCUCUGUCCCAACACUUCCUACUAUUCUUGUCUGAUUCUUAGCAUGGGUUGUAUCGGGGAUUUUAGACAAGUCUGCUUCUGAAAUGUUUAUUUGCAGCCCAAUGCCUCAACAUCAAUUAUCCUUUCUGAGGCUUGGCUUUAGAAAACACCUUUUGGAUAAACUAUAAAUAUUUUCUAGCAAGGAUCGUAGGCCAGCUUUCUGGAUCUGUCUUUUUUGAGGAGCAUGAAUGAGCUCACAUGAGUACUGAGAAAUUUGAAGACCAAGAAAUCUUGUAUUUCCUACUGUAGGCAAGAGAACAUGAUAGGAAAAAGUGUGAAGAGUCUGGUCUUUACUAGAACCUGUCAGAGAAAGGAAGGUUUCUACAAACGAUACACCAGGCUUUGUGGCCAGGGCUUCAUGAGACAAACUUCUUGCCAGUCAAUCACACAUUCUCCUCAGAAGAGGGGCAUAAGGCAUCCUGGGCUGUAAAGCCACAGAACAUUGUUGAACAUUGUGAUGGGGCAGUGCCAAUUUUCUGCUGCUUCCCUCUUGGAGGAAACAGUAUUUCCAGAGUGUGGAGAUCAGUCACCAGAUCCCAAAGGAAAGUGGUGACUCCACUGCUAGAUGAUUCACCCACAAACCUUCCCACCCAGGUGUUCUCUGAAAGCUUAGCCUCAAGGGGACACCUAAAGAGCUCUGUUACACAGACUCCUGCCUCCAGGUGCAGGAACACACCUUUGUAAAGUACUGUGGGAAGCAGGAACUGAGGAGCUGUGCUAAGUCAAUGUAGAAAUUACACCAGUGUUUUAGUGUUGGGUAGAGUAUAGCACAUAGGGGAAAGAGGUCAAACUGCCUGUAUGUUAGUAGAGAAGAAUGGAUGUGGUUUUUUUUUUUUUUUUUUUGUAUAUUUAUUUGUAUCAUAAACAUUUGGGAAAGCAAAGACCAUAAACACCAUUUUGCAGUUUUAUUCAUUUUCCUGUAGCUCAUGUAACCAAGUGUGAAUAGCCUAACAGUAUUAGCCUUUCACUCUUCUCACAGGAUAUGUACCCAAAUAUGGUACUUAUUUAUGUAGUCACUGUGCUUCUGGAUUUUUACAUUAA